AUGGUUCUGCUGCAGGCUGCACUUAAUGUAGGUGGCAUAGUGCUCAAUGCUCUGGCGAUGGAACACUUCAUUCUUCGGCAUCCUUGUGAAGGAAAGCAAGGGUUGAUGGAUGAGAAAGAAAUGUUGCUUCGACACGCCUAUGGUCUCGGAUUUCCAGAACCAAAUGUCACAUUUGCCCUUUGCAGAGGAAGCUGGUCCUCGCCAGCGUUACGGGUGUACACGCCGGAGGAGGUUGUGAAUGAACUGGGAAGAGCUAAGGUGGAGUACUUGGAGGCUACAAUUAUGGUCACUGGCAAGAGGAAGAUAGUUCUGCCCAAGCUCCUGCAGUGGCACAUGAGGGACUUCGCCGACAACCUCGGCUCACUUCUAGAGUGGAUCUACAGCCAGCUGCCCCGUUCGGGCCCAUUGAAGAGGCUGCUUAUGGAGUGCUUAAACUACGGGGCCAAAUCCUCAGCCGCAAAGAUGGUGGAAGUCCGGGCAUACGACCCCAAGUUCCGUUACCUUCUGGCCCUGUGA